AUGUCAACUGAUAUCAAUGUUGUGAUCGCCUCUUUCAUCGAUCGUUUGAAGAGGAGACAGAUAUCUGGUUCUUAUCAGGUCUCGCUAGAAACACUGCAAUUACUCAAGCGGUUUGUUUCUGCUGCCAGAUGGUCGAGCAUUGAUGAUCUAAUUGCCCAGCUGCGAGAACUUGGAACGAGGCUUGGGAAAGCCCAACCAACCGAGUUUACUUGUGGAAACAUCAUCAGAAGAGUAUUAGCUCUUAUUAGAGACGAGGUGGAGGAGGAGCUGGCAUCGCACAACCAGCUGCAAAAGAAUGCAGAGCCGAUGAUUUCGUCAAUGUUCAGUCUAUUGCAAAAACCAAGUACCACUGCAUCAACCCCAACAGCGCAACACUCCACCUCUACGUCCUCUUCGGCUCCAGCUGAUCAACACAAAACCGAUUUGCGUCAAGUAAUCAUCCAAGGUAUCAAAGAUCUGAUAGAUGAAAUCGCUAACAUCGACGAAGGUAUUCAACAGAUUGCAGUCGACAUCAUCCACGACCGCGAGAUCCUACUUACCCCCACACCGGACUCCACGACAGUGCUCAAACUGUUGAUUAAGGCCCGCGAACGUAACAACCGUAAUUUCAGCGUUCUGGUGACCGAAGGGUUUCCCAACAAUACUGUUACAGCACAUAACUUUGCUAAGACACUUUCAGAACAUGGUGUUGAGACCACCGUUAUCCCAGAUACUGCAGUCUUUGCACUCAUGAGCCGUGUAGGGAAAGUUAUUAUUGGAGCCAAGACCGUCUUCACAAACGGGGGCACGAUAUCGUCCACUGCUGGUGUAUCGUCGGUUUGCGAAUGUGCACGCGAGUUCAAGACACCUGUUUUUGCUGUAGCUGGUCUAUACAAGUUGUCACCACUCUAUCCGUUCGAUAUUGAGAAGUUUGUGGAGGUGGGAGGCUCGCAACGUGUGUUACCCACGAUGGAAAACGAUCGCGUUGGUAAUCACAACAGGCUAGAUACUGUGAACCCAAUCGCAGACUAUGUGCCACCGGAAAAUAUCGACAUCUAUAUCACCAACAUUGGAGGCUUUGCCCCGAGCUUCAUAUAUCGUGUGGUAUGGGACAAUUACAAGCAGCAAGAUGUGAAACUCGAGAACUGA